AUGGCGCUCCGGGAAAGGCACCACACCGUGGUGGCGAUUGUCUCUCGCUCGUCGCCCGGGCAGUCUCUCGCUCGUCACCCAGGCAGUCUCUCGCUCGUCGCCCAGGCAGUCUCUCACUCGUCACCCAGGCAGUCUCUCGCUCGUCGCCCGGGCAGUCUCUCGCUCGUCGCCCGGGCAGUCUCCCGCUCGUCGCCCAGGCAGUCUCUCGCUCGUCGCCCGGGCAGUCUCCCGCUCGUCGCUCAGGCAGUCUCUCGCUCGUCGCCCGGGCAGUCUCUCGCUCGUCACCCAGGCAGUCUCUCGCUCGUCACCCAGGCAGUCUCUCGCUCGUCGCCCAGGCAGUCUCUCGCUCGUCACCCAGGCAGUCUCUCGCUCGUCACCCAGGCAGUCUCUCGCUCGUCACCCAGGCAGUCUCCCGCUCGUAGCUCAGGCAGUCUCUCGCUCGUCGCCCGGGCAGUCUCCCGCUCGUCGCCCAGGCAGUCUCUCGCUCGUCACCCGGGCAGUCUCUCGCUCGUCACCCAGGCAGUCUCUCGCUCGUCGCCCGGGCAGUCUCUCGCUCGUCGCCCGGGCAGUCUCUCGCUCAUCGCCCGGGCAGUCUCUCGCUCGUCGCCCGGGCAGUUUCUCGCUCGUCGCCCGGCCAGUCUCUCGCUCGUCACCCGGGCAGUCUCUCGCUCGUCGCCCAGGCAGUCUCUCACUCGUCGCCCAGGCAGUCUCUCGCUCGUCGCCCGGGCAGUCUCUCGCUCGUCACCCAGGCAGUCUCUCGCUCGUCACCCAGGCAGUCUCUCGCUCGUCGCCCGGGCAGUCUCUCGCUCGUCGCCCGGGCAGUCUCCCGCUCGUCGCCCAGGCAGUCUCUCGCUCGUCGCCCGGGCAGUCUCCCGCUCGUCGCCCGGGCAGUCUCUCGCUCGUCGCCCGGGCAGUCUCCCGCUCGUCACCCGGGCAGUCUCCCGCUCGUCACCCAGGCAAUCUCUCGCUCGUCACCCAGGCAGUCUCUCGCUCGUCGCCCGGGCAGUCUCCCGCUCGUCGCCCAGGCAGUCUCUCGCUCGUCACCCGGGCAGUCUCUCGCUCGUCACCCAGGCAGUCUCUCGCUCGUCGCCCGGGCAGUCUCUCGCUCAUAGCCCAGGCAGUCUCUCGCUCAUCGCCCGGGCAGUCUCUCGCUCGUCGCCCGGGCAGUUUCUCGCUCGUCGCCCGGCCAGUCUCUUGCUCGUCACCCGGGCAGUCUCUCGCUCGUCACCCAGGCAGUCUCUCGCUCGUCACCCAGGCAGUCUCUCGCUCGUCGCCCGGGCAGUCUCUCGCUCGUCGCCCAGGCAGUCUCUCGCUCGUCGCACGGGCAGUCUCUCGCUCAUAGCCCAGGCAGUCUCUCGCUCGUCACCCGGGCAGUCUCUCGCUCGUCGCCCAGGCAGUCUCUCGCUCGUCGCUCAGGCAGAGUCUCCUCGUUGCCCAGGCAGUCUCUCGCUCGUCGCCCAGGCAGUCUCUCGCUCGUCGCCCGGGCAGUCUCUCCCUCGUCGCCCAGGCAGUCUCUCGCUCGUCGCCCAGGCAGUCUCUCGCUCGUCGCCCGGGCAGUCUCUCCCUCGUCGCCCAGGCAGUCUCUCGCUCGUCGCUCAGGCAGAGUCUCCUCGUCGCCCAGGCAGUCUCUCGCUCGUCGCCCAGGCAGUCUCUCGCUCGUCGCCCGGGCAGUCUCUCGCUCGUCGCCCGGGAGCCGGGGCGUGCCCACUUGGGGAGUUGGGGAUGAAAACAUGCACCUUCCAGCAGCCAAGUACCCGCCCCCUGUUGUAA